CAACAGCCCUGCCAAGAGCUGAGCAUUUCGAGAAGAGUUCACAGCAUGACAGACCACAGACAAUUUGUAGCUGCCGCAAUUAUAUUGCUGUUGGGUAUGCGACAAUGUGUAGCCGUUCCCUAUGGCUCGGUGGGCAAUGAGAUUGACGGCGAUGGCAGCUAUCAGGGCGCGGGUGGAAGCUCGGCCAGCGGGCGGGCCGUCGACUACCACACAGUUGUGGGCCACUUCAAGGACUUCUUCAUGUAUCUGCCAGUCAUGAUGACCACCCUGAAGGAAACCAUGUCCGGUUUUCCCAAAUUUGCCGAAGGCAUGCGCAUCUUGACCUCCGGCAAGGGCCGUGUCGACGGCGAGGACUGCAAGUGCAAUCAGAACAGUUUGUCCAUCGGUUCCAGUGCUGAGGUCUUGGACAACAGCAGCCGAUUUGGUUAGGAUCCAGCUGGGAUCUGCGACUGUGUAUAUAGCUUAUGUAAAUACCAAUAUGAAUACCUAGUGCCAAGUAACAUAAAUUAUUGUAAUAUUUAACUUAACC